AAAAAGCACUCUGAUGUGACUGUUGGCCCAAUCAAAAAGCCCUCCAUUGAAAGUCAGAAGUCAGAAGCUGCAACCAAGGCCGUCAUCAAUCAUCUAGUAUUAGCUAGCUAGCUAGUACUCCUAGUGAGUGAAGUUGGGAGUUGCAUUCCCAUCUGCGCAACAAAACAAGAAGCAACAGGAGAUAGCGUUCGGAGAAGCACUGGGAUCCGUCCCAUCAAGGAGGGGCCAAGCUCGAGACAGAGCUGACAGAGCUAUUUUCCCUUUGUUGGGAGUUAGUUUGGCUGCCCGGAAGAACGUUCGGGUCACUUUAGUGAGAACCACCUUGGGACCCACCUUUCAAGAACAUCAUACCUGGUACUAGUAUAGAACAAGAUCCUAGCAGUAGAGUAGAGUAGUAUGAUGUCUGCCGAGAAUGAUGCCUAUGCUACAAGUUCCGCCGCUACCGGCAACAGCAGCCAUGCUCACACCAACAACAGCAACAUUCGAUCUCCAGCGACGGGUUCCGUGUCUCAGACUUCCACGGACGACGGAGCGGCCAUUGUGAGAAACAUCGCCUCGUUUCUCACCUUAUCGGACGCCACUUCGAUGGUUUCCAUCGCCCUUCCUGCCGCCUCCGAGAAUGAGUACACGGCAGAGUCGGAUUCGUGGGCUAUUGGGGAAGAACUGAGUCUCCUCAACACUCCCGUCACCCCGGCACUCAUGGCCAUUUCUCCCGGAGCCACUCCUCGAUUUGACUUGACGGCAGCAGUGGAUCAUCAUCAUCCAGAUCAUAAUCACUGCGAAGAAGACUACUGUGCGGACGAAUACGAAUUGGAAGAAUUGCUGCAAGAACGAAAGAGACGAUGGGCACAAGAACGACUGGCGGCUGCCGUGUUUUCCCAUCCUCAGCCACUCCGAUCGUUCUGUGUGGAAGCCUUCAAUUCUGCUCGAGAAUUGGCGCAUCAAAAGGAAGCACGGCCUGCCAACAAUACUGAAGAAGCAGAAGAUCCCGAAACUCAUCAUGAACCUCCCACAAACACAACCAUCAUCGCCAAACAACAACGGCAACAUCAACAAUUGAGACCCUAUCGAUAUCACUAUCAUCAUGGAAGACGAAGCCGACGAAAAGACUUUCUCUUUAUUCACGAUCUACUGGAUUCCGUCCUACACAAUGUGCCACUCUCCAUUGUCUUGGACUUUUCCAGUUGUGCCAUUGACACCUACUUUGAAAGUGUUCACUGUACCUUUCGCAUCACCGCCACCAGCAUGGGGGCCCUGGUCACUGUACUCUCUCAUACCACCCUAGUGGUAUGGGAUGGCAUUACCAAUUUCAAUCCAUUUGCUGUACUAGAUGCUAUCAUCUCGCUACAAGUCAAUGCCAUGGGAAAGACCAGUGAAGUCCUCGCCAGUGGCAUUCAAAGUGUUGCCACGGGAGUGGGAUCUGCCAGCAGUCUGGCACUCCAUCGACUCUCCCGUACAGGAGUUGGUAAUUUGUCCGUCAAUCGGACCGGAUCCUCGUCGUCUUCCCUAGGAGGCAAUGGGAUUAUGAUGUACAACGGACAGAAGGGACGCAAUUCAUCGGGGACCGUCCUGCAACAGAAACUACUGCGAAAGGUCAGCACCAUCAACUCGGCGGCCGAAGUCAUUUCCUACUUGGAAUUGGCAGACGACACCGGUGGGCUGUCACGGCAUGCCAAGAGCCGCGUCCAACGAAUGAUGCACUAUGAUGUCUCCCUGCGACCCUUUGUCGCCACCAUUGCCAUGCCCCCGUUAAAAACAUUUGACAAUAUCGAAUUUGCCGGUCAAGCCGAUCGGAGUCUGAACCGUGGGGAAAAUGAUCCAGAAGAUCCGCCCUCCAAUGAAUCCUCUCCCAUGGACAGUCCUUUCAUGUGCACGCCACAAUCCUUCCCGCCGACACCGGCAUCUCGCAUGACGGUACUGGCACGCAGCACAAGAUUCGCCGACGAUGUGGUCUUUCUGGCACGAGACAAGAUCCGGGUCCACGAUGCACUGGCAAGCGACAAUGAACGCACACGGGAAAUGGCACGAGCAUUGAGUGAAGGCAAGCGAUUGGCGGUAUUCGAUGCCAAGGAUGCCUUGAAUGGGAUCGAAUUGACCUGUGGGCAACAUUUGGCCACCAAAGUGGGCAACAUGUUAUACUGCAGCACACGAAGCAUGGUGCCCAUUCUGCGAAAUUGUUUUGUGUACUUUGAAAUGACAGUCAUGCCGCGUCCUAUUGGCAAUGUCGUCAUGCAGGCCAGCAUGAUUACUCUGUCGAUUGGAUUGAGUACCGAGGAGAUGCCACCCAACACGCUGGUGGGUGCCUGGUCGGGCUCGGUUGGAUUGUGUACGACGGGUCAAAUUUUGACGGCGGGGCAAUGGUGUUCGCCGGGAGACCCGUCAUUGAGUUCGUACGCGGAUGGCGCUACCGUCGGGUGCCUCGUUUGUCUAGACGAUGGAUCGGCUUUUGAGACUUGGGAUGGUGUCAUGAUCACGGCGCAAGUGACGUUCAAUGUGAAUGGACGCAUCGUACCACCUCCGGUGUCAACACUACCAACAACCGGUGGAGCUUCGGGACUGCUUCCUGGAGCGCAAAUGCAAAUGGGUCUGAUCAACGGCUCCAUUGGCUAUGACCCGUUGAGACAAAACCCCAUGGUACCUACAUCGACGUUGCCCCUCUUGGUUCCCGCAGCAGAAGAGUUGUACCCAACCGUGACGUUGCACAGUCCGGCAUCGGCUGUGAUGUGCCGGUUCUCCGCAGAGGAUAUUGUGGCCAGCUCUCAUGACAGCAUUGGUGCCCCAGAGGGGUGUACAAUCUAUGCAGUGGAUGGAAGUGUCAUUUCGUUUUCUCAGGAAUAAACACAUAUAGAGUACGAGAAGAUUGUUUCCUUAAAACCGAAAAUAACGCGAUUUUGUGCAUGCGAAAUCUGCAGCUGUUGCAAGACCAU